UUCCAGGUUGCUCAAUUUGGUAUCGACGAAGAGACAAUAUGGGGCUAAAGAAUUCCACUGGAGUCCUCCUUCUCAUCUCCCUCUCCUGUAUCUUCUCUUCAUCCCAUGUCGAUGCCAAAUUGGUCCCCGCUUCCGCUCCCAUUUCCAGCCUCGCCCCUUCCCCAACCCCAGGAAGGGGCAGCUCCUCGCGAUUCAUUCAGCCUUUGGAACCACGGGGCAUUGACAAAAUAGAUGCAGCUCCAAUGCUCAAAAGUAUCUGUGCCGACACCGAUCACCCCGGGGAAUGUAUUAGCACCCUCAUCCCCUACACCUUGGAAGGCAAGAGCUUGGACCCCAUUUCAGUUCUCGAAGCUGCAGUGCAAGCUACCAACGACUGCGCCAAUCAAGGAUUUGCUGUGGCGAAGAAACUCCACGCUGUUGCCUCCGAUCCGCUCUACAAGUCCUGCCUGGAGACUUGCAUCGACAGCUACAAGGCCAUCAUAGAAAGCAACCAUAAGAUUCUUGAUGCCAUCGCUGCCGUGGACGUUUUCUCGUUGAACACCGAGCUCAGCACCGCCAUCGACAACGUCGAUACCUGUGACGAGGCGUUUGUUGAAGCUCAAAUUGAUUCGCCAAUGGCACACGUCGACGAUUUGCUGGGGAAGAUGGUUAGCAACAAUUUGGCCAUCGGCAUUGAUUUGGUCAAGUUCUAAAAAUAUUUACAAAAUUCUAAAAUUAAACAAUAGGAUCAAUCAAAAAAUGGGAGGAAGUUUCGACAUUGCUAUUUUUUUUUAUUUUUUGCAACUUGGGGAGGACCUGGGGGAGGGAUUGAUACCGGGUUGGGAAGAUGCAACUCCUCGACAUUGCUUGUUAAUGUUGAUGGUAUUCUUUCUUUAAUUCGGGCUGGGCACUAUACCAUAAAUGCCACAAUUACCAUUGUACCGUCCCAUUACUAGCGGAAACGGUAUGAUAAAUUAUUAUAUGGUAAAUUUAAAUGAUAAUAUGGCAAUACCAUUUAGACCUGUGGUACAGUAUUGGUAUUGGAAGUCAUUACUAUUUUUACCAUAUGGUUACCAAAUUUACCACUCAUUCAAAACUUUUUCCUCUUUUUUUUUUAUUCUACAAAGUUUUCAAUUGUUGCUAGUUUUUUUUUCUUUUUUUGAUGUGUGCAUGUUUUGUAUAAUUAUAUAUUUGUAUGCUUCAAGAUGAUGAAGAACGGUAUGGAGAAAAUAAGUUUUUAAAACAAUU